GUGCUGAAACCAAGAACAACAAGUGCACAACCAGACAACCAGGAAUGCAUACGAGCCUUCAUCAAGGAGAGUGGAGAUACGGAGGUGCUGGAGCUGCAUGUUCAAGACCCUUUUCAUAGGCUGUUGCUACAUGGCGUCUCCAAGUCGAAGGGCAUGGAGUUAAUGAAGAUGACGAGGAUAAAGAAAAGGAAAGCGGGUUCUGUUGAGCUCCCAAACAUUACCCUCUGCCAAUUCUGAAAAUGGCAAAGGAAGGGAUUUGGCUUGGGAGAGUGCGCUGAGAUAUGCUACAAGGAUCCAGUUUUAAAGCACCGACAGGUGGGAGGGAGAAGGCCCUUGCUGCAUUCUGUAGAAAGGCCCUUACCUCAACUGAUAAAUUUGAGAUGUGGGGAGAUGGGCUUCAAACUCGAUCUUUCACGUUCAUUGAUGAAUGUGUCGAAGAUGUCUCUUAGUGACCACCGUUGUGGUAGCAUUGGUUACCAUAUUCGUAACUCAUUGGGUUCGCAAAUGGAGGAAUCCCAAAUGCGAAAACGGUGUUCUUCCACCUGGUUCCAUGGGCUUCCCUCUCAUAGGAGAGACCAUUCAGCUUCUCAUGCCCAACCGAUCUUUAGAACUCCAUCCCUUCAUUUCUAAGAGAGUUCAGAGAUAUGGAUCGGUGUUCCGAACUAAUGUUGCCGGUAAACAGGUUGUUAUAACAACCGACCCGAAAUUCAAUCAUUACAUCAUUACAGAAGAAGGGAAAUCCGUAGAAUUGUGGUAUUUGGACACGUUUUCGAGCAUGUUGCCCAUAUUUGCAGUAGGCUCUGUUCAGAAGUACAUUAGAAGCAUAACUUUGACACACUUUGGAGUUGAGGGCAUCAGAGUAAAUUUGCUACCACAAGUUGAGCAACUCAUUCAGAAAACUCUUCGUAAUUGGUCCACCAAGCCAAUUGUUGAUGUCAAGCAUGAUGCUACUUGUAUGAUUUUUGAUUUCACCUUGAAGCAAUUGUAUGGCUAUGAUUGGGAAAAAUCAUCAGAGAUGCGUCUUAGUGACAAGUUUUCCAGUUUAUUGCAUGGUCUACUGUCCCUUCCUUUGGACAUCCCUGGCACUACUUUCCACCAAUGCGUCAAGGACCGCAAGGAAUUAUUAAGCAUGUUGAAGGAUAUCGUACAACAGAGAAUCGAUUCCGAUAACAAGUUUAGAGGAGACUUCCUUGACAAAGCAAUGGAAGACAUGAAAACUGAGAAGUUCUUGACGGCCGAAUUCCUAUCCAAUUUGAUGUUUGGAGUUUUAUUUGGAAACUUUGAGCCAAUCUCUUCGGUUAUACUAUUGACUUUGAAGUUUCUCUCAGAGUAUCCUUCAAUAUUAGAGGAGCUAACAGUUGAAAACGAGACAAUCGUUAAAAACAGAGCAACUCCAGAUUCUCCACUCUCCUGGGAAGAAUAUAAAUCAAUGACUUUUACACUAAGUGUUGUGAAUGAAGUUCUUAGAUUGGGAAAUGUAGCACCAGGACUGUUGAGAAAAGUAACAAAAGAUAUCAGAUUCAAUGGAUAUACAGUUCCAGCUGGUUGGAACAUUUUGAUUGUUACUUCUGCUCAUCAAUUGAACCCAGAAGCCUUUAAGGAUCCAGUUAAAUUCAAUCCAUCACGCUGGAAGGACCUUGAUCCAAGUGUUAUAUCAAAGAAUUUUAUGCCAUUUGGAGGAGGGUUGAGACAAUGCGCAGGUGCAGAUUACGCUAGGGCGUUUGUCUGCACUUUUCUCCAUGUAUUGGUCACCAAGUAUAGUUGGACAAAAAUUAGGGGAGGAAAAAUCGUUCGAAGACCCAUUUUGGACUUUGUAGAUGGGGUUCAUAUUAAACUCACAGAAAAGAACGACUGAUAUCUGAUGAAGAUCAGCUGCCGUGGACUCAAACAUAACAAGCUUUUCUAUAUAUCUUUCAACUAAGAAAUUUUGUUAUAUGCUUUAUUUGUUUUUUGUGUUUUUUUGCUGUUGUGUUAUUCAAGUUGUAACUAGAGCUUUGGAACAGCUACCUCAUGUUUGUGCUGUCAACUAUACUCAUAUGAGUUAACAAUCUUUCUUCCUUUGUACUUUAAUAUACAAAUGAAUGCUUUGUUCAA